GAGUCAUUGAUUGUCACUUGUCAAUUGUUUUUUCCUUUCUUUGUUCUCUUCAACUUUUUGCAUGCUUUUGUUUAACUUAAAUCUUAUAGCUCGAAGAAAGAGGGAACAAAGAACAUAAGGAGGUUUUUGGUAUAUAUAAUUAUAAUUAAUUCCUAAGGAAUUUUGAAGGGAAUUAAUGGCAAAGAUUACUAGUCUAAUUGGAUCUGGGAUCAUAGCAGCCACUAACCAGGUCGGUUCCCGUGUAAAGCAUAUUCCUGUUGUUAGCAAUUUGCAGAAACAAAUCGUUUGCGAUCCUAAACAGAUUAGAUGGAGUAGCACUGAAACAUCUUUGAAGAAUGAUAUUUCAUCAGCUGACAUUAGAGGAUAUAAGGGACAUGAUAUGUUGGCACCCUUCACUGCCGGGUGGCAGACUACUGAUGUGGAUCCUUUAGUCAUACAAAAGUCCGAGGGUUCUUAUGUUUAUGACAUAAAUGGGAAGAAGUAUCUUGAUGCUCUAGCUGGUUUGUGGUGCACAGCUUUAGGGGGAAAUGAGCCUCGUCUUGUUGCCGCUGCAACUAAACAACUCAAUCAGUUGCCCUUUUACCAUUCGUUUUGGAAUCGUACCACAAAGCCUUCUUUGGAUCUGGCAACAGAACUCCUGGAUUUGUUUACUGCAAAUAAAAUGGCGAAAGCUUUCUUCACAAAUAGCGGAUCAGAAGCUAAUGACACUCAGGUGAAGCUGGUAUGGUAUUACAACAAUGCGCUUGGGAGGCCAGAUAAAAAGAAAUUUAUUGCUCGAAUAAAAUCAUACCAUGGAUCUACUCUCAUUUCCGCCAGUCUCUCUGGUCUUCCUGCAUUACAUCAGAAAUUUGAUUUGCCGGCUCCAUUUGUUCUGCACACUGACUGCCCUCAUUAUUGGCGCUAUCAUUUGCCAGGUGAGACGGAAGAGGAGUUCUCGACAAGAUUGGCCAAUAAUUUGGAAAAUCUUAUACUCAAAGAGGGUCCUGAAACAAUAGCUGCUUUCAUUGCCGAACCAGUCAUGGGGGCAGGAGGUGUCAUACCUCCUCCGGCAACCUAUUUCGAUAAGAUCCAAGCUAUAGUCAAGAAGUAUGACAUUCUUUUCAUUGCGGAUGAGGUUAUAUGUGGAUUUGGAAGGCUUGGGACAACGUUCGGCUGUGAAAAAUACAACAUUAAACCUGAUCUUGUCUCUGUAGCAAAGGCUCUUUCUUCUGGAUAUAUGCCAAUCGGCGCAGUCCUUGUAAGCCCUGAAGUUUCUGAUGUCAUAAAUUCUCAAAGCAACAAACUUGGUACAUUUUCACAUGGAUUUACUUACUCCGGGCACCCUGUCUCGUGUGUGGUUGCCUUGGAAACACUCAAGAUAUACAAGGAAAGAAAUAUUAUCGAGCAAGUAAACAGAAUAUCACCAAAGUUCCAAGAAGGUUUGAAAGCAUUCUCUGAUAGUCCCAUAGUCGGGGAGACAAGGGGAACUGGUUUGCUACAUGGUACAGAGUUUACAGAUAACAAAUCUCCGAACGAUCCUUUUCCACCUGAAUGGGGUAUUGGUGCAUAUUUUGGAGCACAGUGUGAGAAGUACGGGAUGUUAGUACGUGUUGCUGGUGAUAACAUAAUGAUGUCUCCUCCAUAUAUUUUGAGUUUAAAAGAAAUUGAUGAGUUGAUAGUCAAAUAUGGGAAAGCACUUAAGGAUACUGAAAAGAGAGUUGAAGAACUCAAGUCCCAGAACAAGUAAAAGCUGAUGGAAAAAAAAAGUGGAAAAAGAGGGGGAAAUUCAAGUCCAAUUGAAGUCAGUCUUUUAGCCACUCUCAUUAGAUGUGUAAUGUAAAUAAAUCAAUUAACUAUGCUCGUAUCUUAGAAUAGCUGGGAAAUCUUAUGUAUCUAUUUAGAGGAUUUAUCAUAGUUAGACUUGUUUUACUCUGAUCUUCAAUCUACAUCAAAAAUUUUUUUA